AUGAUGCUGCUGCGCUCAAAUAAUCGAAUAAAGCUGAAUCAGAAGCUGGAACUGAAACUGGAACUGGAACUGCUGCGCCGCUGCUGCUGCUGCUGCCUCUGCUGCUGCCGUUGCUGCAAGGAGACGCCACAAGCAGCUGCCACCACGCAGUUCAAGGUGCUGCUUUUGGGGGCAAGCGGCAGUGGUAAAACCCAGCUGGGACUGCAUCUCAGUGGCAAGCAGCGCGAUGCCGACGAUCUGGGACCCACAAAUGGCGUUCGCUGUUACCGCAUCGAGGCAGGGGCAGAGGCGGAGGCCAGGGUUGCCACAUUGCUGCUGACUGAGGUGGGGGGCAGUGCGGAUAUGCAACGCAUUUGGCCAUAUUACUAUGCCAGCUGCAAUGCGCUCAUCUUCUGCUUUGAUCUCAGCAACAGCAACGAGAUGUUGCAGGCAAACUUUGACCUGUUGCAGCGCUGCCUGCAACAUGAGGCAAUGCGUGGCAAGCCCGUCCUGCUGGUUGCCACCCGCCAUCGAGACGGUGUCCAGCUGUACGAUGUGGAGCACGCCUUCGGUCUGGAUGAACUGGCACGCUCCACAGGCUGCCCCUUGCACACUUGCCACAUGACCGACGAGGAUCUGUGGCAAGGAGUGGCCUGGCUGCAGCGACUGCUGCAGGAACUGGCGCCGACGUUGACUCACCGCGUCAAGUACGAUGUCAACUUACAGUCGUGGCAACAACGCAAGCGUUCGCUACUUUCUAGUGGAAAGCUGCAACAGGUGCAUCGACAACGCUUUCGACGUGGCCAUAGAAAACUGUGGCCAAUGGCGGAGGCAGAUGAGGUCACAAGGUCGCGGCCGAACACUGCACCUGCCGCCAUCUUUUUUGUGCGUUCCCCUCGUCGGCCAUCGAAGCCCUAG